GUUCGUGGGAAAGAUUCUGCAGUAAUUGUAACACAGAAGAAAGACAAAUUACUGGAUUCCAACACAGUGACUCAUUUAUUCAAAAUUACUGAAAAUAUUGGCUGUGUGAUGACAGGAAUGACAGCUGACAGCAGAUCCCAGGUGCAGAGAGCCCGCUACGAGGCUGCUAACUGGAAGUACAAGUAUGGCUAUGACAUCCCUGUGGAUAUGCUGUGUAAAAGGAUCGCAGAUAUUUCUCAGGUCUAUACGCAGAACGCUGAGAUGAGGCCUCUUGGUUGCUGUAUGAUUUUGAUUGGUAUUGAUGAAGAACAUGGCCCUCAGGUGUACAAGUGUGAUCCGGCAGGUUACUAUUGUGGAUUCAAGGCCACAGCUGCAGGAGUUAAGCAGACGGAGUCAACCAGUUUUCUUGAAAAGAAAGUAAAGAAGAAAUUUGAUUGGACAUAUGAACAAACAGUAGAGACAGCAAUAACAUGCCUGUCUACUGUACUAUCUAUUGAUUUCAAACCUUCAGAAAUAGAAGUUGGUGUAGUUACAGUGGAAAAUCCUAAAUUCAGGAUCCUUACAGAAGCAGAGAUUGAUGUGCACCUUGUAGCUCUGGCAGAGAGAGACUAAUUAGCAUUCCCAUUUCCAUUGUCUGAGCUUCUGGCCAGGAUAUUUGGUGAAAAGAACAUGCUUAUUAAUGGCUUUAGAUUAUGGGUGGAAAACAAUGUUCACUAUAUGAUGUAUUUUACUCUGUACAAAUAAAACAGAGGUUUUUGAAAUA